CAAACAAUAAUUUGGGGAAACAACACAGAUAACACAAAGUCUAAUUAGUUCCACAGCUUUAAAAUGCAUUUAAAAGAUUUGUAUGGUGUAAUAUUGUAUUUGGUGUGUGUAACAGCCAAAGUUUCCAAUAACGAAAAAGAUUUUUUAGUGGGACAAAGACAGGUGCACUAUCCCACAGAAGAAUUAAGCGACAGUCAAUUUUCCCAUUUAAGCCAAUUGUCCAAUGUGGCGCAUUUGAAACAAGCCACACAAAAAAUUUUAAUACCCCGCAUAGUGGGUACGCCGGGACAUAAAAAAGUACGAGAUUAUAUUACCAAAAGCUUAAAAGAUUUACAAUGGUCCAUAGAAUUAGAUAGUUUUCAUGAUACUGUACCCAUAAAGGGUAAUUUGGAGUUCCAUAACAUCAUUGCCACACUUAAUCCAAAUGCUGAACGUUAUUUGGUGCUAGCCUGCCACUAUGAUAGUAAAUACAUGCCCGAUGUAGAGUUUUUGGGUGCCACCGAUUCUGCUGUACCUUGUGCCAUGCUUUUGAAUUUAGCCGAAGUUUUGGACUCUCAUCUAGAACCCUUCCGGGACUCUAAACUCAGCUUAAUGUUACUGUUUUUUGAUGGCGAAGAGGCCUUUAAGGAAUGGGGUCCCAAAGACUCCAUAUAUGGUGCCAGACAUUUGGCUAAAAGAUGGGAAACUGAGGGAUUUUUACAAAAGAUUGAUAUGCUUAUGCUUUUGGAUCUCCUAGGAGCACCAGAUCCAAAAUUCUAUAGUUUCUUCCAAAAUACGGAAUCUUGGUAUACACGUUUCCUCAAUAUAGAAGCUAGAUUAUCGGAUGCUGGACUCAUGGAACGCUAUGUUAGCAGCGGUGUAUCAAGACACUAUCCCGAUCGUUACUUCCAGCCCAGUGCUUUACGUUCAUCCUUUAUAGAAGAUGAUCAUAUACCAUUUUUGAAACGUAAUGUUCCCAUUUUACAUGUUAUACCCAUGCCCUUCCCAACAGUUUGGCAUACACCCGAUGACAAUGAAACUAUUAUAGAUUAUAGUACUACAGAGAAUUUGGCGCGUGUCAUAAGAUUGUUUACCAUGGAGUAUCUAUUUGGUAUUGUUAGAAAAUAAUAGUACAAAUUUGACAAAAAUAUUAAAAGGAUUUUGAGAUAAUCAUUUUGGUUUAAAAUAAAAUUUAAGUUAUUGACUAAAAUUAAAGUUUUUUUUUAACUUUAUUAAUUUUAUAAAAAAUUGUCCAUUAGUUUAAAAUAAAUGUAUGAUACUUCCUUUCUAUAGCAGCUGAAUUUGUUAGCUGAGUAACCAAUAAUUUAUUAAUUUUAGCUAGGUCUUCUAUAUUUUUCGAAUAAUUCUUAAAUUUUGUUGAAAUCUUUUUUUAGUAUUUUAACGUUACUCUUUGAUAUGAACUGUUAAGUAUUAAAACAAAUAAAAAUAUGUUGUGCAAUAAUAAAAUUUAAAAUAUUUUUUAAAAA